AUGCACCGCGAGAGGCGCACUAAAGGCCUGGGCAGCCUCCUCGAGACCAGGGUGGAAGCUGGAGGACCCCAGCAACCCACUGCAGGGGAGGCACUAGGAGUUAGGACAGGGGCCCGAGGCGGGCUAGGUGGGCACAUGGCCAGCAGCGGGCUGGGUGAAAAGCUGUGCCAAGCGGCAAGACCCCAAACUACUCAUCCGUUGCUGGGUUUUAGUAGGGGAGCAGUCCAAACGUGUGGGAGUCCUCUCAACCCGGCAAGAGGAGAACUGGCGGAUUGUUCAAGCCCAAAGAUCCCAGAGCCUGCCUGCCGCUCCUGUCUCCAGGUCCGAGUGCCCAAUCCAAAACGGGGAGACUCACGCCUGAAGAGGGGCUCCCAGCUAUCCCAGCAGGGUUUAGGGGAGUACCUGCAGCUGGGAUUCAAACAUGUAUCUGACCCUUAUUCUCAUUUGUGUCUUUACUCUAACAUUAAGAGUUUUUGUUUUCCAGAGCGCUGCAAAUGCAGACCUAUAAAAGCUACUCAGAAAACUUAUCUUCGGAACAAUUACAAUUACGUUAUUCGGGCUAAAGUAAAGGAGGUGAAGGCCAAAUGUCAUGACAUCACUGCAAUAGUUGAGGUAAAGGAGAUUCUGAAAUCUUCCUUGGUGAACAUUCCUAGAGACACUGUGAACCUGUACACAAACUCUGGUUGCCUGUGCCCGCCUCUCAACGCUAAUGAAGAAUACAUCAUCAUGGGUUACGAGGAUGAAGAACGCUCCAGGUUACUCUUAGUAGAAGGCUCCAUAGCUGAGAAAUGGAAGGACCGUCUUGGCAAAAAAGUAAAGCGCUGGGAUCAGAAACUCCGUCAUCCUGGGAAGGGAAGAAAUGAACCUGGGCAAAGUGAUUCUGUUCAGAAAUCUGGCCGGACCAGCAAUCCACGGCAAAGGCGCAACUAGAAAUGAAAUGUCAAUUUUGAAAAGAAAAAAAAAUUCCCCGGACUUGCAUAAAUUAAAGACUUGUCUUGUUGGAGCCAUGAAGGAGAUAUUGCACUAUUGCACGUUAUAUUCUUUCGUUUACUAUGAAAUUAUGUUGUAGCCAAUAUUAGUUUUUACCUUCCCUCUUGUUUUUUCUGGCAUCCAUAGGUGUAUAUACACCCAGAAAAAAAUUGUAUAUUUUACUCACAAAUAUCUAUGGAACCCACUUGCUAAAGUUUUUUUUUUGAUUGGCAAAUUUGAUGAAGUUAGCAGAUACCAUGGUUAUUGUUUAUAUGCAAUUCAUUUUCUCCAGAGAUCUGGGCAUGUUAUGGGGCACGUAUGGAUUUCUGUGCCUAAGUAAUCACUGGAUUUAGGACACAGAUCUCUGAAGAUUAUAAUGAUUUCUUAAACAAGUCAUAGGUCAGUUUAGAUUAUCAUCUUCAACUAUAGACUGUGUGCGGUGAGCAUGGGAGAUCGUUCGAGUAUGUUUUGCUCAGACCACUGUAUAGCUAUAUUGGAAACUGACAUUCACAUCCAGCUAGGAACAGACAUUAAUAUCUAGCAUGUGUGGGCCAGAACUUCACCGUUGCUAGCCAGUACACAACCCAGGAAUUAACUGUAUGGUUUGGGCUCGUAGUCAACAAGAAUGAAAGGUGGGAAUGGAUGAUUUGUCUCCCUCACUCUGCAUCCCUUCCUCUUGGGCAAAACCAGCUGAACUAUUGUAGUUGAAUAUAAAAAUGGAAUCAGGUAUAAAUUCCGAAUCUGCAUUUUUCUAUUUGUGAAAAACAAAGGCCUAAUGUAUGAACAGAUGAAGAAAUGGGGUUUUGCAGAAGCUGGGACGGGGCACUACAAACAAGAGUUUUUCAGAUUGGCAAAAUAAAAUAAAAUUGUGGCAUUUAGAAUGUUGAAAUUCUACGCAGGAAGGAGGUUUUGUUGCCCUUAAGAGUUCUCCCUGCUCCCAAUGAAAAUUCUUGUUAUCAAAAUGGAAAAGGGACUAUACAAAAAGAGUAUGCCAAGAGCUCAGCUCCUGUCAGUGCAGGGGUCUAUAAAAUGUUCAUUCCUCUUCAAUAAACCACUUGUAUUAAGACUAGCUUUAAAACGUUAACCCUGACAGAUACCAUAUGGAGGACUUGUUUUUGAAUGUCUUAAUCCUUGCAGGAAACAAGUUGUACAAAGUUGUUUUAAGUCUUGCCAGAAGUUAUGUUAUACUCACCCACUGAUAACAUUUUCCCUCCUUCCCCCUUUCUUUUUCUUGAGCUUAAAGUCAUGGGAGUAGACUGUCUAACAGACUGGCUGCUACUUGGCAGACGUCUGUGCUUUAUCAUUUCAGCUUUGUCACAUUGACUGUGUUUUGGUGCCUACGUUAAACAGCAAUGUCCUCUGGUCCAUUCUGGAAAUAUAUAACAAAGGAAUUGCAGCUACUGGGACAGUUGCAGCUGUACUCCAGCUAGUAUGGCUGAUUAAAAAGAAUACUGCAGCAAUUGACAAGAGACUUUAUCCUGCCUUCGUAUUUUUGCCCAAAAAGGUAUCAUUUUAAUAGGCUGUGAUAUAUUUCUGUUGAACGUAGGCCUGCAGGUUACCUUGCUGAUCUCUUCAUUUACGCCUUCCAAGCCACUGCCAAUAGUUUGAAAUUGCAAUUCUGCCUCUCUUGUUUUGAGUACAGAUAUCAGUAGAAUACUGAACUAAAAUAAAGAAAAAUAUUUUAGCAGAAAAUAAAACAUUUAUGUUACGGCA